AUGCACGCUGCUGUGAAAGCGUUUAUGGAGACAAAUGUUGCCUCCUACCUCCGUCUGGUAGAGCUCGACAUGGCAGGCCUUCGCCAGCUGUGUGAUGACUCUGACGCCGAGGAUAGUCAGGUCGAAGGUGGCUCUUUCUCAUGCUGGUGUCGUCCUGGGGAAAGCUUCUACCAAUUGUGGGCUCUUGUCGUUGCUGGCAGCCUCCUGUCUGUAUCUUCUUUUGCAGGGUGGUUCUCUGUCUUUCCCUCCCCGGUUUUUGCGAUCUCUUGGUUAUGUUUUCUCUCAGGCUUCUUCUUCGUAGUUUGUGUCUUCACUUUGCAAAGGCGCGUGGGUAUGCUUAGUGGUAUCUAG